AUGGACACUGGCAUCGCCACAGCGGGCCUCUGGGAAUCCAUAUCCAUCAUCCGCACGCCUUCUUUGAACGACGCCGGUCAUCUAGACGUCAGUCUUCAGAGAGGAGGAAAUCUUCCCUGGCUAUUCAACGCGGACUGGAAUGAUGAGGACGAGCAGGAUUGGUGGUUUGCUAGUACAGCCAUCCCUCUCUUGGCGGCUACGAUCGGGCCUUUAGCGAAUGUCCUUUCGAUUGCGGCUCUGGUGACUUCGUGGCGCAUGUGUCUGGUUACAGACAUUCCUCAUCAAGACGCAAGACAAUGUCUCUGGAACGGCGAUAAGAACUCUCUGGGACAGCAGCUUGACGGACAGGACUUUGCAGACCCAAGGUGGUGCUAUUGGAUGAACGUUGCCAGCCUUGUCGUUGGCUUCGUUGGGAACUUCUUCCUGCUUUGUAACUUCACUAACAGAAUUCGCUACAUUAUCGCCCUGCCGGUCACGAUAUUCUGCUGGUAUGUUGCUACUGGAAUCUUGAUAGGGAUCACGGUAGCCAUGCAGAUGUGGGAAGCACCUAUCCGGCCUCAGCAGACUUACACUCAAGGAUACUGGUACGCUGUCAUUGCGGCUUGCAUGUAUAUGAUAUGUGCGAUGUUGCUGAUGGUCAACAUGCUGGGCUAUUUUCUUGGCCACUACCCUCAACACUUCACGCUCACGGAGUCUCAGAGGACUUUGAUAUUGCAGACGAUGUUGUUCUUCGUCUGGCUCGCUGGAGGAGCGGGAGUUUUCUCCACGGUCGAAAUGAAAUUCGGUAAUGGGGAUUUCAAAUGGAGCUACGCUAACGCCCUAUACUUCUGCGACGUGACUAUCCUGACCGUCGGAUUUGGAGAUUUGUAUCCAACGAGCAACACCGGCAGGGGACUGGUAAUGCCGUAUUCUGUUGGAGGAAUCAUCAUGCUCGGUCUGGUUGUUGCUAGCAUCAGCAAGUUUGCAGCAGAGCUUGGAGCGGAAAAGGUCAUCAAGCGUCACGUCGAGAAGGCCAGAGUCAGGACUACAGAACGAACGAUCACCACUUCUGGCGAGUUUGAUCGUCGAGAGGAAUUCCUCAACGGACAGAGGCCUACCAUAUCUGCACCAUUCGAUCCGAGGGAUGAGUCCAAACCCAAGACCAUCGGAUUCAGCGGUGACACAGACCCGAAGCAUACCACUGUCAAACGCAAUGUCACGUUUGGACAGCUGUCGAGAGUUGGGAGCAUGAUAAUUCACCCGCAACGACGGGCAAGCCGCAAGCCGAAGUUAUUGUUACUGCGAGAGGAGAAGGAUCGCUUUGAUGCUAUGAGGCGAAUCCAACGUAACACAAGUCGGUUCAAAAACUGGUCUUCCUUGUUCUUGUCAGUCUCAGCUUUCGGACUUCUGUGGUGCAUCGGAGCGGUCGUCUUCUGGCAAUGUGAGAAGAACACCCAGGAUAUGACCUACUUCGAAGCGUUGUACUUCUGCUACGUCUCACUGCUGACCAUAGGCUAUGGAGACCUGUCGCCUAAAAGUAAUGCUGGGCGGCCGUUCUUCUUGGCAUGGAGUUUGAUCGCGGUACCUACCAUUACCAUCUUGAUCAGCAGCAUGGGAGACACGAUCAUCAAUCGAUUCAAGAACUGGACUUCUGGUGUUGCUGACUUCACAGUCCUUCCCCAGAAAGGCAUCUGGCGUACUUUCUUGAAUAGACAUCCUUUGUUAUUGCGGUGGCUUACAGAGCGCAAACAACGUCGUGACGAGCGCAAACGUUUGGAAGAAGGAUUCCAAACUGGACCUGCUCCUGAAGAGGAUGAGCCGCCAACUAUCGACGACUUAGCCAAGGAAGAGCCGACAGAUCGAGAGCUCGCGAGGAAGCUAGCGAAGAUGAUCCGAAAAACAGCAAAUGAUGUCAAGGAGGGUACGAAGCAUCGCUACUCUUAUGAAGAAUGGGUGGAGAUCACGCAGCUCAUUCGCUUCACGGCAAAGAAGGAGGGAGAGACUCUCGAUGAAGAUGAAGAGGCAGAGGGUAUGGUUGAAUGGGAUUGGAUCGGUGAAGAUAGUCCGAUGAUGGCUGAUAAGAGCGAGGCUGCCUUCGUUCUCGACAGACUUUGUGAGAGCCUAUCGCGGUAUGUAAGAAGGAUGUCUAAUCUGGUGCCUGAUACGGAAGUCGAAGAGCAUGCCUCGGCGGAUGCGAGUGUUGAUGAUGUCGGGCCGAAAGAUGAGAAGGGGGCGGCGGAUGAAUCGCUUGCUGUCUCUGGCGGUAUUCAGGCAGUUGUGGACAAGAACGAGGGCUGA